AUGUGAUAGUCAGCAGAGUAACUGAAAGUAUGAUGAUAUUCAUUUGUGCUUUACAGGAUUCUUCUCCCCUGUGAAAAGCUGGUUUUACCAAACUUGCAGCCUCUCUUAAGGAAGAGAAGCAGAGAAUGGUGUGUUUUUAAAGCUUCCAAUUUUCAGUACGAGUUAUUAAAGUAAGGCGAAUUUGAGUCAAAUAUGUAUGUAUAUAUUUAUUAUUGCUAUCUGAAAAUAUGCAAGUUGGGCCUAGAUGCAAAAUACGUCAUUUACUGAUAGUAAUGAGUGUGAACUGCUGUGUUGGGUCCACAGCCCUGGCACCUCUGAGCCAAGUUGGGUCCCAGCUGCCGCUCUGGGCUGCGGGAUGAAGCAUUUGCUGCUGCCAGAAGGUCCUCCAUCUGAUGUAGAGCAAUGUUUGUAUCAACCUGGCCAACCUGUGGUCGUUGCUGAGCAUUUCUAGCAGAGAAAGGCUUUAAUUAAUAGAGCGUUCCAUGUCAGCGUGUUGGGACGUUGCGGUUUCUCUCCGUGUUGGUAAGCGCGGUGCAGCCAGUAGGUGUCACUGCGACAAAGGCUACUGGGUCACAGUGCUGAACCUGCGCUGCCCUCCUCUUCUUCAUUCUUCUUCAGUAAAGGCUGACUUGCAUUAUUUCACCUUCACAUAAACACAUCGAGUACUCGUUUUGCUUCUAAAAAAAAUAAAAACAGCCCAUAAUUACGAUAACUGGUUCUGGAAUUAAGGGGGUCGAUAGAAAUGUGCUCAAAGUCAAAAUGCCAUGUUUGUACAACUCGUAAGGGAGGAAAAGGCAUCUGCAUCUCACAGCCUGAGUCUGUUGGCAGAGGACGUGAUAAAAAAUGGACUAUUGCACAGUUCCUGCACAAAGGAAGAGUCCACACAUCUCAACAAUGGAAAACUGAUCAGAAAUUCUUUUUCCUUCUGUUAAUUUAAAUAUUUAUGGUAAUAAUAAUCCGCAUCAUUGACAUUUCUUCUUCCUUGGUACUUGAAUAACCUGACUUGCUGGCACGUGUCUGUGACAGAACAAGGGUAGCCUUGAGAUUCAGUUUGAAGGCAGUUAGCAGAUUUCAUCAGGCACUGCUAUGUGAAGGAGCUGUCUGUUUGGGUAUUUUUUAAGCACUACAAUGAAAAUUAGUUGAGGUGAGUUUGCACUGAUUUUCAAAUAAUAAAUGUACAUCUUUUGCUGUAAAGCAUUAAUAGAUGGGCAUCGAUUCAGCUGUGUAAAAGCAGAAAUCUCAUGUUUCUGCUCACAUAAAGGUAUGCAAACUGUAGUGUAUUUUUAUGCAAAUGCUAACGAGUUGGUAGUUUAAGAACAGUUCUGUCAUCUUUUUUUUAAUUAUUUUCAACAUUUGUGCAUGCUGCUGCACAGCAAAGAAAGGGCUGUAUAAUCUUCUAUGCUUUCUUGGACAUUGGAGUGCAGAAUGGCUGAUCCGGUAUGGCAGGUGCUGCGGUAUGAGACAAGGAGCCGUGUCCUUCCCUUGGUCAGUCACUUGUUGCUUCACUUGGCUAUGAUUCAUCCCGUAUUUUGGCUUAGCUGUUAGAGCACACAAUUAAGACUUUGUGAUAUUAACGAAAAAGCCCAGAACGGUGAUUUCAGUGCUGCAUACCAACUUCUCUACGUGUAGAUAGUGGAAAAUCAGUGUUGUAGAGCAUUUUUGGUGUAAAAUUCCAUGUAGUGGUUGAUUAUAUAGGGGAAAUGGUAGAGAAGUUCUUGGAGGAGACUCGGGUACCUUCAUUCUUCUCUCAAUUUGUUGUGUACAGUGGAGUGGAUUGGUUGUAUUGUGCACAUGCAGGAUACACUGGGGAUAGUAUUGCUGAGCAUCUUGCUCAGAAGACUUGUUUCUUAAUGCCUUGAAAUUCACACAGGCCACUUAAGCACAGUAUUAGAAGUAAUCUUAAAGUGAGGUAACUUCCAGCCAACGCACCUUUCUGUAAACUUGAAUUUCAGUCUUGCGAAUUGUGUGAGUAGCAGAGAUCUCAUCCCGAUAGCGGUGGUUUUGUGACUACUGAGUUAUACUAUCAGAGAAAAGAAAUCUCGCAGUGCUGUUUUGCACCAUGACCUCGAUUCACCUUUUCUGGAACCGGCUGCCUUACUUUCUGACAGGCUGUGCUGGGCACUACAGGAAGGUGUGUGCCCCAUCACACCGCACAGCUGCUUCUCUUUCCAGCAGUGUCAGUGAUCCCUUGCGUGACAGUGGAGAAAAUGAAAAUGUAAACGUGUUAGAAAUUUCUUGGACAGAUGACUGAAUUAGAUAUAUAGUUUAGGCAGGGAAGUAACUUCACUGCAUUUACUUUUUUUGCUGGUUAUAAAGUACCAGGAGGAAAAGACUUUAAAAUACGUUGCUCCAUACAUUGGUUUUGCUCCCAGCCCUUUUUUUUUUGCCAUUGCUUCCGAAACUUUUGAUUUCCUAUGGAAAGUACUUUUCCCAUGAAAAGCAAUUUGAAAAGUCAUAGAAUCAUAGAAUGGCCUGGGCUGCAAAGGAGCACAAUGAUCAUUUAGCUUCAACCCCCUGCUGUGUGCAGGGUCACCAACCACCGGACCAGGCUGCCCAGAGCCACAUCCAGUUGUUUCUCAGCAGUUCUUCCAUACUGCAUACCUUCAGGGGAGCGCUCUGUUGAGCUGCCUAAGCGAGGUCAUGAACGGCCGGUUUGUGAGGUGGAGGCAUCUGAGGACACGUGGAAUACAUUGAGUGGUGAGAGCUCAGGCUUGGCUUGCUGGGCUUCUGUAAUAAUUGGGUUAUGUGGGAGCCCUUGUCUGGUUUGAAGCAGUGGGAUAUGCCACUCCUUAACUUGCUGGCAUGGGGAGACGUUAUGGAAGACAGUACAUGGAAUAUAACAGCUUUCUUCUUUGCUGCUUUAUCUGGCGGAAAUACACUGAGCUGAAACUCAAAGAGCUUACAGCAGUGUCUAUGCCUCCCCCUUUUGCUCUCGUACUUUAGAAUGCAAAAGCAACUGAGUAAGCGAGGUGUCCUUGGGAUGUGUGGCUUCCGAGGAGCUGGGAAGGUACAGCACAGCUUCUGUGGGCCCUGUGCUGCAGCAUCCUUCAUUCCCAUCAGCGUGUGCUGACUUCAUGUAAAACAUCAGAAGUGGGAAAUUGACGUAAGGCGGUAUAUUUUGUGAAGUUAAAAAUGCCCAUUGUGCAAGGGCUCGGAUUGAGAGGGAGGCCUUGUUGUCACUGGGCUGAAAACAGCUUUGUAGCUGUGAACCUUUAAGUGAAGACAUUCUGCUUCUUUCCUCAGUAGAUAGGUGAUGUGUGCCUGCCGACAGCUACGUUAUCUGCAGGUCACAGCUGUCAAUGGCUGCAUUCACUUCACUGCACUCCACCAUUCGAAAGAAAUAAUGAAAGCCCUCGCUUAAAAUUUAAAUGUGUAUUUAAAAAUGAGGUCAUCCUUUCCUGCUGGUCAGAGUUGCUUGCUUUAUGCAUUUGGCUGGGAUAGCCUCAGAAACAGCUUCGUGCUCUGCUGCCGUGCCGUGGUGUGUUUCCUUUAAUUAUACAUUUGCAUGGAGAAGGAUUGCAGCCUGCUCCCCUCCUGUGCCAUCCUCCCGCCCUCCGCAGUGGGAGUUGUGCGGAUCGUGGCGUGUUGUUCAGCCGGCUGCGUUAUUUAUAUCUCAUGCAUGAAAUCAGCCGUUCCAAACAGAUAAUUUCUGCUCCUGUAAUAGAAAAGAAGCAGCAAGCGUGCCUCCAGCUCUCUCACAGGGUGAGGGUGUGACGCAUUGCCAGUCACUGUGCUUACUAAACUCUCGCUGUGCCCAGACAGCACAGGGCUGUGCCUGCCUGAUGUUUCAGAUACUCGGGGCCCAAUUAGGGCCGAAAAUCUGUUUCCAGCUCCCGUAGGUACGGAUGCCUGCUUUCCUCAGCCCCUGUUGUGUCAUUCUGUGAGCAGUCGGCUCCGGCUGCCCGCAGCUGAGUGCUGUAAUUUCUUUGCAGCGCUGGCGCAUUAUAAAUGCAUCUGUGCAGCAUUUUCCAAAUGCACCUAAUUCCUGAUGUCACCCUGUGAGCUGACAGCUUCUUUCCAGAUGCCCGUGUUCUUUGGGUACCUAAUGCUGUGAAGUUGUUGAGCAUGUGUGUGCAAAGGAAAGGGAGGCCUGGCUUUACUGAAGAGAACACCGCUGCAGCUAACACCAUGACAGGCAUUCCAUCGCCAUCCAUUUGAGCGUCUUUUAGCGCUUUUUCCCCCGCUGUGGGUAGCCCUGUGUGGUCAGGUCAGUGAUGCUAAGGAGCUGUCAGGCCGUGUGAGCGGAGGGCACGUCCUGCUGCCAUGCAGCAAAGCAGCACGGGCUGCCUCAGCCUGCAGCACCCCCAGCAGCACCCGCACAGCUGGGCUGCCCCGUGCGCUCACACACGCACAGCCGCCUGCCGGAAGAUGACAGCAUGCUGCUGGCUUUUGGACAAAAGAAAGUUAGCUCCGCUCUUAACGCCUUCCAUCUCCACGCUGCGCUGUGUAAAUGGACGGGAACUCGCUCCGGUUCAAUUGAUCCUGGUGAGUCUCUGGGACAUUUGAAAGUGAUUUGGAGAGCAAAGUCAGUGAUGGACACCGAAGCAAAGCCAGCGUGUGUUGCGCCGCAGGCUCGCUGCCCAGGAAUGAAGUGCCCUCCUUCAGAGGACUUUCCUCCUCAGAUAAGACUGUCUGAAAAGAUUCCACCAGUGAAGCCUUGCUUCAAGAAGAAGCAGCAAGUGCAGAAGAGACUGGACACACAAACUCUCCGGGCUUUGCGGCCAAUCUUUACCAGUUUGCUGGGAUCUGGGACCUUGGAUAGAGUUUUUGUGCCUCGAGGACAAGGAGGGGGUCAUAGUGAUUUGUGUGAACCUGCUGUGAAAAAGACUCUGGAACUCAGUACUUCUUGUACCCAGCCAGAAAGUAAUGUGACUGUGCUGGUGCCGACAGCUCCAGACGUGCAGAGUCAAUUGCUGGGAGCUCAUCCUGCACCUGGGCAUCCUGAGCAGGAGGUGCAGACAGGAGAGCAAAGCUUCUCAUCGGAAACUGCUCCUGGAGCUGCUGCUGACACUAGUAAUGAAUCGUUUCAGGAUCGCCCUUUGCACCCACCUUCUAGUGAUGGUGCUGCUUGUCCUUUGUUUCCAAGCAAGCUUCUGAAAAGCUACGCAACUGGCUUAUUCCAAGAGAAUAGCUGUCCGAUGCAAUACACUCUAAACUCAAGCAAUAAAUUUAGUGCUGGAAUAUUCCAGGAUAAAAGUGAGGAAGCUUCACUUGAUCUGGUAUUCGAGCUCUUGAACCAGCUCCAAUAUCACACCCAUCAGGAAGAUGGAAUAGAAAUCUGUGUUGAUUUUCUCCAAGGCGCUUGUGUUUAUGGCAGUGAUUGUCCAAAACAUCACACGGUGUUGCCCUAUCAUUGGCAGGUGAGAAGGACAGCAACCCAGAGUUGGCAGAGUGUGAGCAAUGAUUCCCAGGAGCAUCUGGAAAGACUCUACUGCAACCCUGACAAUGAUAGGAUCAAAGUGAAGUAUCGGGGACAUGAGUUUUGGGUGGAUUUGAAUGCUAUGAAGUUAUACGAAACUGUUGAGUUUGACCAAAUGCGGAGGCUGUCCACACCAUCGUGUCCCAGCUCCAGCUCCAACUACUACACGGUCUGGAAGUACUUCUGCAGGGACCAUUUCGUCUGGAGAGAAUAUUCUGAGCCUGUUGUACGGUUAAUAGAAGAAGCCAGCUGCCGAGGUCUGAAGGAGGUCCGCUUCGUUACCUGGCAUAACCAGUAUAUCUUAAACAUCAAAGAUGGGUUCCAGCAGAAUGCGUGUUUCAGGAGAGAAAUCAAGAGAAGGCCGCUGCUUCGCUCCUGCGUUGUGCUGAUGCCGUUCUUACAGACUCUAGGUGGCAAUUCUCCAGUACCCUCUCCAUCAGCCGAACCACUUUCCUCACAUGUCUUAUCUCCAACUGCUGUUACCUCUCCAAACUUCUAUCCUGAAACCUGGAUUAGUAUGGAUCCAUCUCAGGACUUCAUCCAAGUGCCUGUUUUGAAAGAAGACAAAAGCUAUAGAACCAUUUAUAACCUGUUUCACAAGACUGUGCCAGAGACCAAAUAUAAAAUUUUGAAAAUUCUGAGAGUGCAAAAUCAGUUUCUGUGGGAGAAAUAUAAAAGGAAAAAGGAAUAUAUGUCCAAGAAAAUGACUGGGCUUGACAGGAUAAUGAAUGAAAGGCAUUUGUUCCACGGCACCUCCCAGGAUGUGGUGGACGGUAUCUGCAAGCACAACUUCGACCCGCGUGUCUGUGGGAAGCAUGCAACCAUGUUUGGACAGGGCAGUUACUUUGCCAGAAAGGCAAGCUAUUCUCACAACUUUUCCAAAAGGUCACCCAAAGGAGUUCAUUACAUGUUCCUGGCUAAAGUACUGACGGGGAGAUACACCGUGGGCAAUCACACCAUGAGGAGACCUCCACCUGUCAACCCAGGCAGCAUUACCAGUGACCUCUAUGACUCUUGUGUGGACAAUUACUUUGAGCCUCAGAUUUUUGUCAUUUUUAAUGAUGAUCAGAGCUACCCUUAUUUUAUUAUCCAGUACGAAGAAGUUAGCAACACUGUCUCCAUUUGAAAACUUGUGCUGCUAAAUUAUUCAUUUUAAUAAACUCUUAUUGACAUUUGUAGCAGUUUUUGUGGAAAAAAAAAAAGAACAUUACAGAACUGAAUAAAAUUACUUGUUUGCAAGGAGGUGAAUCUAAAAAUAUAGAAGGAAGAUCUGAAGUGACCAACUGUGCACUUGCUGUUUGAUUAUGUAUGUGCAAACUGUAAAUAUUUUUCCAUUGUUUAUAGUUGAAAAUCUGUGCCUUUUGUUAUAAAACACUGUUUAUUUAUGUUAGUAAAUAUUCAUGUUUAAAACUG